GUUGCCCUCUCAAAAAGAUUCUGGUGCAAACAUAGCUAGAUGGAAGUUUGACAAUAGAAAAGAGAGGAAACUAGAGGAACGUGUCUACAAGGGCAUUCCAGACCGGUGGAGAACCGCUGCCUGGUACACACUCAUGGAGAGAAUGGCCAGCUCAUAUACGUUUGACGCCGCUGUACAAGCGAGGAAAAGUGGCCAGGAUUUCAAGAGAAUCGAACAAUUACAAAUUGAUUACCGAGAAGCUAUCGAUCUACCAUCGACCUUUGAUAUCCAAAUCGAUUUAGAUGUCCCGAGAACCAUCAGUGGACACGUGAUGUUCAAAACUCGUUAUGGCAUGGG